AUGAACCCCCUCUCAUUGCCCGGUGAAUCAGACUCCACCGCUGCCACCACUUCUACCGACACCACAACCACAGAUGCUACGACCACAAAUACUACGACCACAAAUAGUACAGCCACAAAUCACACCGAUGACAAGCCAUACCACUCAAAACGCCCCCACAAGAAGUCCCGUACGGGAUGCAAGAACUGCAAGACCCGCAAGGUAAAGUGCGACGAGACUCGCCCGGUUUGCCGUAACUGCAUGCUCCGCAAGGCCGAUUGUGUCUUCCCUGCACUGUCCCACUCCCACUCCGAAACUCGUCCGGGGUCGCCGUCCAGCUCCUCUGCCGGCGCCAUCUCGCCCGCACGCUCGCGGCAGGGCAGCUACGCCGGCAGCGACGAUGACUACAACGCCCUCAUCAUGCGGGAGCCGCUCUUCAUCCCCGCUGGCGACAGGGAUGCCACCGACAUGAAGCUGCUGUGGUUCUACACCACAAACACCUUCUCGUCUUUCGCGACCCAGGCAGGGCGCGUCAAGCGGAUCGACGACAUCCUCCAAAUCAAGAUCCCCGGCCACGCCUUCGAGAGGCCCUUUCUCAUGGACUGCCUGCUGGGUACGUCGGCCCUCCAGCUCCAGCACCUGAAGCAGGACAUUUCGCCCUCGCGCGUCUUCCGCUACCGCGCCCGCGCCUUCGAGGGCUACCGCAAGGCCAUCGAGGAGGGUAAGCCCGAGACGUUCCCUGCUCUCCUCGCCACCUCGUUGCUCCUCACGGCGCUGUCCUCGCAAAUGUUCCGCGAAGAGGGCACCAAAGAUCUCUACAUCAUCGAUUGGAUGAUCGUCUGGCGCGGCAUCGGCCUCGUGAUCGACAUGGCCACGCCCCAGACGCUUUGGGAUUCCGGGCUCGCAGAGCUCUUCAUACGCCCGCCCAUCGACCUAGACGAGGCUGCCAAGCAUAUCCCCAACGACCUUCUCUUUAUGAUAUCCUCUAUCCAACCCGGCGAUCCGGACUACGAGGACGUGCCAACGUACUACGACACGCUAAAGUACCUCGGCUCUCUCUAUUCGGAGCUCGCCAACGGCUUCAGUCCCAUCAUGAACCUUCGCGUCGUUACAUGGUUCACAUUUAUCCCCAAGGGCUUCGUCGAGCUGGGCCGCAAGAAGAGGCCUCGCGCUUUGGUCAUCCUCGCUCACUACCUCAUGUUCAUGAAAGUCGCCAAGGGUCUGUGGUGGAUCGACGGCAUCGGCGACCGCGAGAUUGCCGGUAUCGUCCGGUUUCUCGGCGACAACUGGUCCGAAGAGCUCGCUGCGCCGCGCCUGUCCCUGCUUCUGGACGACCAAACCGAUAUCGCGAGACUGAUCCUCGCUGACCCUGAUUGGCAGUCACCCACGGACUACCUCGUCGCCCGGAUGCAGGACCCCCGUACGGAAAUGCUCACCUGGGUCGACGACAGUGGAAAGCGGUAUAGAGGCAUGCCGCAGCGUGUCGGCGACUUACACCCAGCCGACCCUGCGCCACGGACACUGCAUUGGGAAGGGGAAGGCUACCACCAGGAUUCGAUUACGAUGAGUGCCCCGGGGAGGGCGUAUACUGAGAGAGUUCUAGAGGCUAUCGACCGGGGAGUUCAGGACAUGGAUGUUUCCCGGUGA